AUGAUCAGAGUAUCUCCAUCCCAGGUGAUUCACGAAUUGUCAACGGACGAAGAGCCAGCAGUCGAAGAGAAAGCAUUCUCCCCAGGAAAGGCCGCCGCCAGGAGAUUGGCAGCUGAGCGUAGAUUACGACAAUUCGCGGCUGCUUCGAGAAGGACCAAGAGGGAAAAAAUCGAAACAGGAGAGACUGCUCCUCCACUUAUCGAGCCCUUUACAGAGCUGCCCAAGGCUGAAAUGCUUCGGCUUUCUCUGACGGUAACCCAAAAUCUUCGUGGUGGCAAAUUCAAACCUAGCAUUGCCGAAUCUGUUACG